AUGUCUCCAUAUAGGAUGGUGUAUGGUAAAACUUGUCAUCUUCCAGUGGAGAUUGAAUAUAGAGCAUUUUGGGUGGUAAAAGCUUAUAAUUUUGAUGCUAGCACAGCUGGAGAGGAGAGGAAAUUACAACUCCAAGAACUUGAAGAGAUUCGACUAGAGGCAUUUGAGAACUUGAGGAUCUACAAAGAAAAGACUAAGAAUUUUCAUGACAAGCACAUUGUAGGGAAUGAUUUCAAAAUUGGUGACAAAGUGCUUUUGUAUAAGUCCUGGCUUAAAUUGAUGAAAGGCAUGUUGAAAUCUCGUUGGGAAGGACCCUUUAGGGUAACUAACAUUUUCCCCUAUGGAAUUUUGGAAAUAAAGGAGGAGUCUACUGAUCGAAAAUUCAAAGUGAAUGGACAUCGACUAAAGAUAUUUCAUGAAAGAGCAAAUGGAAUGGUGAUGCAAGAAAUGAACACUGAUGCCAUUUAUUCAUUAUGA